GUUGCCAUAACGCGUUUAUGUCCUUUUUCUCAGGUCUCUCUCUGGACAUGACCGCCGUCUGAACCGACGUCCGAGGAGUAAUAGCGGGAGCAUCCUUUAGGUCAGCCAUUCAUCUCCAUGCACCUCUGAGGAGGAACCACUGACCCUCACUACGAGUUUGGCCCCUUGAGUUUCUCUUCUCUUUUAACCAUGGGGGGAGCCGUGAGCGCGGGCGAGGACAAUGACGACCUUAUUGAUAAUCUGAAGGAGGCCCAGUACAUUCGCACAGAUAAAGUUGAACAGGCUUUUCGCGCCAUAGACCGCGGUGACUACUAUCUGGACGGCUACAGGGACAAUGCCUACAAAGACUUGGCGUGGAAGCAUGGCAACAUCCACCUGUCCGCUCCCUGUAUAUACUCCGAGGUGAUGGAGGCCCUCAAACUGCAGCCGGGACUUUCUUUCCUCAAUCUGGGCAGUGGGACUGGCUACCUGAGCACAAUGGUUGGCCUCAUCAUAGGGCCAUUUGGUGUGAACCAUGGAGUUGAGCUCCAUACAGACGUGGUUGAAUAUGCCAGAGAGAAACUGGAGGAUUUCAUAAAAAAUAGUGACAGCUUUGAUAAGUUUGAGUUCUGUGAACCCGUCUUUGUGGUGGGGAAUUGCCUUGAAAUCUCAGCAGAUAGUCACCAAUACGAUCGCAUCUACUGUGGUGCAGGAGUGCAGAAAGACCAUGAAAAUUACAUGAAAGUACUGCUCAAAAUUGGAGGCAUUCUGGUGAUGCCUAUAGAGGAUCAGGUAAGUGCUACAAGCCAUCAGAAUGAUACAGAACCAACACAUUAUGAUUGCUAAUCAAAAUGCUAACACAUGAAGGAAAACACA